CGUUUGUGAAGAAAAGCUUGGUGUGAAAUACAGAGAGAAACCGCGGGAGAGGGGAGAAGCAAACCCUAAGAAAUGGAAGAGAAAUUGGCUCCAGAAAAGCGCCAUAGCUUCCUCCACAACGGUCAGGAAGUGUUUGAAUGGGAUCAGACUCUGGAGGAGGUUAACAUGUAUAUUAAUUUGCCUCCAAAUGUUCAUUCGAAGCAAUUCUACUGCAAGGUUCAGUCUAGGCAUGUCGAGGUUGGCAUCAAGGGGAAUCCUCCUUAUCUCAAUCACGACCUUACUGGCCCUGUGAAGACGGAUUCUUCUUUCUGGACGCUAGAGGAUGGCAUAAUGCACAUUACACUGCAGAAGAGGGACAAGGGUCAGACAUGGGCUUCUCCCAUACAGGGACAGGGCCAACUUGAUCCUUACUCUACCGAUCUUGAGCAGAAGCGUCUUAUGCUCCAGAGGUUUCAAGAGGAGAACCCUGGUUUUGACUUCUCACAAGCUCAGUUUACGGGCAACUGUCCUGAUCCAAGGACCUUCAUGGGUGGAAUUCGGUCAGAUUGACAAAAUAUAGUGUGUAGCAUUUAUAACUUGCAUGGAUGUGACAUCCGACUAAUGCUUGGUAAAUAAUGUAGAUUUUCUACUGGUCUUGAUUUAUGCAAUCCCUGUAAUGACUGCUAUUUGUGGAAAGGAGAUUUACUGAGUUCAUGUGCAAUCCAUGUAAUGAAGAGAAGAUAUUUAGUUAAUAUAAAUCUUACCAAAUAUUUUUUAUUAUAA